AUGAAGCCCGUCGUGGGGGUUAUGCAAGCUUGGUCUUGCAUCGUCGUCUCGGUAUUCGCCAUUGUGAUCCUCUCAGUCAUCGGCGCCCUCUUCAAAGCAAACAAUCAUAGCAUGGUGGGCACAGUCGAGGACCCAGAGAACGGCGCCGCAGUUGCCGCGACUGUCUUUUCUGCCGUCAUAGUAUACGCUUUGUUCAUUGUCGGCUGCGGGUUCCAGGCGUACUUGCACUUCCGCGAUAAUCGAAGAGGGGCGAUUUCCCUAUCAUAA